AUGGAGGGAGUGAGGAAAAGUGGGAGGGAAAUGGAAAGAAAAGGGAAAGAGGAAUGGAGAGGAAAAGAAGAUAGAGAGGAGAGAGCAUAUGGUCUGUAUGAUGAUGGAACUGGCAUCCCCUAUUUCAACCCCCGUCCUAACAAUCUCACCUACUACAGGGGAGACACAGCCAUCCUGCAAUGUUCUAUACAGCAUCUAGGUACUAAAACGGUGAUAUGGAGAAGGGCAUCAGAUCCAAACCCUGUGACGAUAGGGGAACAAGUAUAUGUUGGAAAUCCACGAUAUUCCCUCCAGCAACUUAAAGAGAAAGGGGAGUGGAACCUGGUCAUAAAGAAUGUGGUGCCAGAGGAUUCUGGGGUAUAUGAGUGCCAGGUGAGCAGCAGGAAGAAGAUAAUCUGGCACAUCCUCCUGCGAGUAAACGCUUCGACCAAUCCACAGAGGGUAAACUCUGAGUACUUCAAGAAUGGUAGAGAUAAGCCUCAGUCUACAGUGCCAGCUAUAUUUGUGUCAGGAACAACUUUCGUUGAAAAAGGUGACCCUAUUCAUAUUGUGUGCAAUGCAACGGGGUCUGUGAACCCUCCCCAGGAUUUAGACUGGUUUAAAGAUGGCAUCAAAAUAACGCCUGAUGCUCAUCAGAAGAUUACAAUAGAAAAAUUCCAGUCACUUCCUACCAAGACUAUAGUGAGCGUGCUGCAGUUGAAGCACAGCAAUAUGAACGAUGCUGGCACCUACGUUUGUCGGAGCAGUAACCUGGACAUCACAAGCAUAAAAGUCCAUGUUCUUAAUGCUGGAUCAUUGAAUGUAAAACGGACCUCCACAGAAGAUGAAGAUAAAAGUAGCGGACAGACAAGUGUUGUGUGUUUCAGAACGCUUCAUUUCACUGCUACACUUUUAGUUUUAACAGUGAUUAACAUCAUCCAUUAGCGCCGCAGAAUCAGGCUGUUCUCAUCACCUCCCUCCGAAAACCAAGAAUCAAACGGAGAGAAACUCCCGUCAUGCAAUACACUGUUAUUCAAGAAGGCAGCAAUUUUUCAAUAGAUGGGUUAUCUCCCUUCAUUAUGAGGAAAUGUAUUUUAAAUGAUGCUAUAAAUUGUUUCAUAUUCAAAGAUAUUAUGUAGAAACAAAGAAUAUGUCAGCAUAUGCAUCCAUUUCAAAGCUUUGAUACAUCUUGACAAGACCAAAAGAAGAGUUAUCAAACUCUCUUCAAAGUAAAUACAUAUGAAGGCAAUCCCUCACGGAAUAGUUUAAAUUCAAUUGCUGUGAUGUCAGCAAAUUUUUGUCUCCAACAUGUGUCUUCAUUUUAUCGCAAGUGGAAGCUUAAUUUGGAGAAAUGUCACUUUGCAUUACUUAAUACAAGAAUAUUACCAAACACAUAAAAACAAUUUAAGCUCGAUAUCCAAACCAA